UCGUACACCCGACAACAAAGGAGGGUUUUAAACUCUGAUACCUAAAGUCAGUGGUUUUGCAUAGAGCGGCUCUGGACGUCUUUGUGACACCAGCUGACACUUUCAGAACCACCCGCCAUUGCAGCGAUUUCUCCAAAAGUGGAAAUGGCUUUGGCAGCUUUACACAGCAGGUCAGUUAUAUUUGCCAAACGUCAUAUUCUGUAUAACGUUACAGUGAGGCAAACUCGUCUGUAUUGUUUGACGAAUGACACGAUCUCAGAAGGCCAAAGGAAACCACCAUCGAAGAAACAGCUGAGAAAAAGUCAGAAGAAACCUCCCUGCACGGAUCAUCUGUCCUGGGAGGAAAGGCUAGCUGAUGUGAUCACUCCUCUGUGGAGGCUGAGCUAUGAUGAUCAACUAGAGCUCAAGCAAAAGCAUCAGGAAAUGAUACUAUCUCAGCUCUCCAUGUAUCUUACAGGUGACGUGCAAUCACAAUCAUCACCUGUCAGAAGUAAACCUGGCUUCCCUGUCUUGCCUGUUCUGCCAUCGCCAGUGAGGGAUGGCUACCGCAACAAGUCCACGUUUUCUGUCAACAGAGGAGUGGAUGGAAAUCCAAAGACAGUUGGUUUUUACGUGGGCACAGGCAGGAAGGGAAACAUUGUGUGCGUCAAUGGAGAUCACCUGCUCAACAUGCCGGAGAAGCACACACUGGUAGCCAGGUGUUAUCAGGGAUUCAUGCGUCUCUCGCCCCUGGAGCCGUGCCUGCUGUUCCACACUGGGGGUCACUGGAGAGAGAUCACAGUGAGGACCAACGCAGAGGGCCACACCAUGGCUAUCGUGUACUUUCAUCCACAGGAGCUCACCCGAGAAGAGGUGGCAGUCCACAAGGCUGACCUGGUGGAGUACUUUACGCUGGGGCCUGGAUCAGUCUGUCAGUUGGACUCAUUGCUUUUCCAGGAGAGCACCAUGACUCGCUGCACUCACGAGGAAUCCCCCUACCAGCUCCUGCAUGGUCAGCCACACAUAUACGAGGAGGUGCUGGGCUUCAGAUUCCGCAUUUCUGCCGAUGCCUUUUUCCAGGUGAACCAGACAGCUGCUGAGGUGCUGUAUAGCACAGUGAGGAACCUGUGCUUCCCAAACCCUGACGAUGGUGGAGGAGGAACCAAAGUCGGUGGUACUCUCCUGGACGUGUGCUGUGGUACAGGCGCCAUCGGCAUCACUAUGUCGCCCAGUGUGGACAGAAUUAUUGGUAUAGAGCUCAUCGAACAGGCAGUAGAAGAUGCUCGACACAACGCAGCUCUCAAUGAAGUGCUGAACUGUGAGUUUAUCCCUGGGAAGGCGGAGGUGGUGCUUCCUAGCGUUAUGUCCCAGUUGAGCUCCGAAGGUGGAGGCCUUGUUGUAGCUGUGGUAAACCCUGCUCGAGCUGGACUGCACUACAGAGUGGUCCGAGCUUUGCGAAACCAACCUGCUAUCCGCAGGCUGGUCUAUGUUUCCUGUAAACUGGAUGGGGAGGCCAUGAGGAACUUCAGGGAGCUGUGUUGUGCCCCUGACCCCCAGAAGAAACUCACAGGAGAAGCUUUUUCUCCAACACUAGCUGUACCUGUGGAUAUGUUUCCACACACUCUUCAUUGUGAAGUGGUACUUCUUUUUGAGAGGUAGCAGGUUUUUUUUGUUCAGAGUAGGCCUUCAACGCUUCAGCCACUCGGGAUGCUUUUGAAAGCCAAUGGGGCAUUGAAUAAUGAUGUAUGCCAAAUAAUGGAUUAUUUUACAUCCGUGGUUCACCACACAGGCGUUUUCACUCAUCUUCUUGAUUAAAUCUCCUUUCAGGAUUCUGUUUUAGGGCUGCAACAAAUGGUUAUUUUUUCAUGAAUCUUCUGAUUAAUCUUUUGCUGUAUAAAAUAUCUGAAAAUACAGAGUAAGGUGGCGCUUUCAAGUUGCUUGUUUUUCACAAAUCAACAAACCUAAACAUAUAUUAUAUAUCAUUUUACAUUGAUACAGAAUGAGUUUACACAUUUGAGAAGUUGGAGCUAUCAAAUGUUGCUGCCAUUUCUUUCUUUCUGCAGAUCGACUAAUCUGCAUAAGAGCGUGAGCAUGUGCUGAUUUUACUAUUCAUGGAGAAAAUGUACACCUUUAUUAAUAUGUUUAGUUCAUGAAGUUUGGGGACUUCAUUUAAUACACAGAUUGUGCUUUACUACAGCAGAUGGACUGUAGAGGUGAACGUGUUGAGUCAAUGCAUCUAUUACAUAGUGGGUAUACGUUAUAAGAUUUACAAAGGUAACAUUUGCUGCUGGGCUAUCACAUUGUAUUAUAUAUAUCACUGAUUCUUGAGAUAAGAGACAAUUCAUGUCCUCCACUGAAAUGCAAAGCUUGGCUUAAGAAUUACAUAUAUAAAUUAAUUGAAAUAUACUUUAAAAGCUCAACAUGAAUGACUUAACUACCCCAAUGUACUUAGUUUUGUCUAUAUUUAUAUAUUUUCAUAGCAAUUUGACCAAGUGCAAGCAUUGCCCUAGAAAGUACAUGCAAAUUAACAUGUCCUCUGCAAGAGGUCACAGGUUCUAAUUGCAAAGAAAAGUCAUUACAAAUUUAAUAAAUACAUAAAUAUCAAUAUGAAAUGAAUUGCAUGGCUUUAUAGAAUGUAACCGAAUACAUAAAGCAAAAUACCCAUCAAAUUAUACAUUAAAAAUUGCCACUCAAAGUAUUGUCCUCAGUUCAUGUCAACUCUGUCAGAAUUUUUACAAAUUAAAAAAAUCUGGCAUAUUAUGGUGUGAACUUUAACCCUGAGGACCCCUUGUGCAUGCUUCUUCUCUUGAUGGAUGCAGCAGUAUAGCACAUGGUCUCGGAAGUUUAACAUUUAUAUAUAUUUUUAGCAAACUAAGUUGAUAUAACUGUCGUCACAGGUUUUGUAUGUGAACUUUGUCAUCCAAGAAUGAUUAUUUUAAAAAAGAAUUGUGAAAUAAAUGGAGGUGUUUUUGGUGAGUUUAUGUAGGCAGCUAGCAACUGGGAAAAAUCUAAAUGGCUCCAGUGUACGGGAUACGAUUCAGACAAUAAAAACUUUAAUUUCGUCAACACCGUCUGGCGCCAACUCCGUCAGAAUGGCUGUCUGACUGUUGACGGUCAAGCUGACGGAGUUGACAAAUGCUCCAAAACCUCAUUAUUGGAUGCAUAAUAAACACAGAUUGUGUUUAUGAUUUAAUAUUGGCAUAAUACUUAUACUAAACUGACUGACUGGCAAAAAAUACAUGAUCAACACAAAUGUUAAUUUAUAUUUAUUGCUUUUAGGCAAGAAGUAGACACCCCUCCAGAUAGUCCACCAGAGCAAGUAUGGAGGAGCCAACUUCCAGUAGACGUGCUCAACCGAACCAGGAUGGGUUUAGUUUAAAGUUAACCUUUUACUUUAUUUAUAGAAUAGAGUUGGUGGUGUAUUGAGUUAUUCUUGGUCAUUAAAGAUCUUUACCUUUCACCGUC